UAUCUUAUCGCUAUGGCAACGUUAUUAUUAAAAAUAUAAAUAAAAACGAAACCAUGCAUUAUUAUGGCAGGAAAUUUAAGAAGACUUCGCAGUGUGCUGCGGGAAUAUAAAUUAAUUAGCGAUAGUUCUCGUGUUCCUGGUGAUUUUCAAGUUAUUUCUAUUUACUGUUACUCAGCAGAUUUGAAUUUUUUGAAAGCAUUGACACCACCUUUAGAAGAUGAAAAGAAGGAAGUUAUUUAUUUGUAUGAUGUUUUACUCACAGAUGGAGCUGAAAAGUUAAAAUGUUUUUUAGCAUUACCGUUAGGCCACUUGGUUCAGAAAAAUGUGAUAAAAAUUGGAAUCCAUGUCCAGAUUGAAAAAGCAAAGCUGUGUUAUCUUGAAGGAGAGUAUAAUGAUUCACAUAUUGUCCAGUAUGUUUUUUUAGAGGCUUUAAAAAUUGUUGAGUAUGACCCGAUUAUUCUUCCAGACCUUGGUGCAAUAAGAUUUACAGAAUCUGUAAAUUACAGAGAGACUGAUCUUGUUCCCUUAGUUACUGGACGGAAGUGUUAUGUUAAUCCUUGGAUUCCUGUUUUGCCUUAUGGAGAAGAGUGUACUGACAACAGUGCAUUUGAGUACAAUGAAGAUGAGGAUGUACCACAGAAUAUUUCAUCACUUCAAGAUUUAGCAGAUGAUUGGAUGAGACUGCCAAAGCCUUAUCCUACAUUAUUUGUACGAGUCCUAGCCAGAGGAAUUUUACAUUAUUAUGGAUUUAAUAAAAAUGACAGAUCUCACCCUUUUUUGGUAAUUAGAUUCUUUGUACACUUGCGGCCACAGAACAAGAAAAUCAGGGAGAGCAGGAACCAUCUUGAAAAAUCGGGGAAUUUACCAAAAUACCGAAAAUUAGGGAAAAUGAGUAAAUUUGAGUUUGAAGUGCUUGGAAAUAUUUUUGAGGAUGUUUUUUCCAAGACAUCCAAAAUAGUUGUUGGAGAUUCUGCCAGUACAUGUCACUGUGUAGUUUUUGGCAAACUUUCUCUACCUCUCUAUUACAAUGCUACUCCAGGUACUAUUUUGCUGAUAGAAAACUAUACAAUUGCAAAACCCCUAAAGUUGCUCUUGCCUCGAUUACGAGGGAAUGCAGGUAAUCUGAAUUCUCUCGAUAUUGAAAUUAUUAUUGGUGACACAUCAAAGGUAAAGAUAGUGCCACCUGACAACAAUGUACUUCUUAUGCAAAUUACAUUAUUGCCAGUUGUGGAAUUUUCAUUUGGAGAUCGAGCUUCAUUGGAGUUGGCAGCCAAUGAAUCUACCAUAGAUAUAGUUGGUUUGAUUACAUAUGUCAGUUUAUUCCAUCGCUUUGUAUAUAAAUUUGGCAAAAUUCAUGCUCGUGUAUAUGUUGAACUUGUUGAUAGCUCUAGUCAAUUACCAUUUGUGGUUAUUCUCUAUGAUAAUGGCUUAAGGUUUCCUGUUGAUGAUCUACACCCUGGACAAGUGCUUGUUGCUACUCACUUGAAAGUGUGCCACCUUCCAGAUGAUGUGCUUUCUAGUUUUAAUGUUCGCACAUAUGUUAAAGCCACACAUUAUACAGAAUUAUAUACCACACAUACACCAGAGAGUCUGUAUGUUCGAUAUCCUGCCGUAACAGCUGUUGCAAGUAUCAUUAGAGAUCAUCCCAAUGAAGUGCAGUUCAUUCAAGCAAAUGUUCUUAGAGCUGGUGGUGUUCCAGUUUUUCUAAAAGGAUACAAAACUCUAGAAGGGUAUAAAAACAGUUUUGGACAUAGCCUUCAUGGAAAAAUGAUACCAGGAGCAUACUGGAAAACAGCUCUAGAGAGUUUAAGCUAUAGAGAGAGGCGCUGUGUAACUUUAGGAGGUUUUAUAAUCCAAGUCGAUUAUUGUGAUAUGCAAACUGUGGACUCACAACAACCAGUUUAUGGGUGGUCUUAUGCUGAAAAUAUUGCUACCAGACGGACAAUAUUUGUAAAUAUUAAAGCCAGGUAUAAACUUGGUAAUUUAGAUGUCCUAAAUCCUGUACAAAAUGUGAAAAGUUUGUUCCCAAGUCAGUACUCAUCUCAAAAUGAAGAAAUUUUUAAAGCAUAUAGGCAAUUUCCUGCUUGUGAUGCAGCUAACUGGACCCCAUCAAGUGAUGAGGAAUUAGAAAAUUUACCUGUUCUUACAGAAGGUUAUUAUGUUAUAACUAUUGCCAGCUUACAUUACCAAGCAAUACUGCAAUGUAUCAUGAUACCUGAACCAAGUGCAAAACCUCACCCAUCUCUUUUAGAAGCUUUAAAUGGUGACUUUCUGCCUUUGCCAUGUAAAAAUAUUGGUGUGUUCUUGAAUGAACCUCCUAAAUAUACAUGGGAUGAAGUUCAAGAAAUCAGCAGAACAGCAUCUGAAGUUUCUAAUAGGACAUUUGUAUUUGCCAUAGAAUUGCAUCGUUUAAAAUCCAAUGUCAUCAUGGCUCAUAUGAAAAGAGCUUACAUUUGUCCUCCUGACCAAUUGCAAGAAGCCCUAGCAGAUGAUAUUGUUCAGUAAUGAUUAGGUUUUAAUAUGUUUUUAGAAUUAUACAUACAUAUUUUGAUAUUUAUAUUUCAGAUGAUAGAAAAACUGAUUAUGAAAAAUAUUUUUAUAUUUAUUUUUAAUUGUUUUAUAUUUAAUUGUAAAUUUCUUUGCUCAAUUAAAAAAAAUUAUUCUCUAACUUAAUUAUCACAAAAUUUUUAAUGCAUAGAAUGCUAAUUUGUAAACUAUGCUUUCUAUUGUUGCAAAUGAUUUUUAGUAAUGGUUAUAAUUUGUGUUAUUUCUACUAAUAAUGUUAAUUUGCAAUAUUCCAUUGUUUCGAGAAAAAAAAUUCUUAUUUUUCAAAUAAUUUUCCACAAACAAUGAAAUAUGUUUCCUUAUAUUUAAUAGUAUAAAUAUUAAUCAAAGUUUUAUAAACAUAUCAAAUAGAGUACACGAACAGAAUUGAAUUACAAAACAAAAGAGUUUCUAUUAAAAAAAUUGGUUUUGUUAUUAAAUUGUGAAAAUAAAGGAUUGUUCACAAAUUUAAUGAAAAAAAAAUACAAAUGAAAUAAAGCAUCAUUAAAAAAUUUGAGAAAUAAGGCUUUUCAACAAUUUUCAAAAGUCUUCCAGAACUAUGAAGUUUGGACCACAGUCGUUGGAAUCGUGGAAAAUAUUAGACUUAAUUAAAAUGGCUUGUAAUAUAUAUUCAAAAUGUUAUUAUUUAAAAGAAAAAAUGACUGUAGUAAGACAAACCCAAUUUUAUUUUUUUAAUUCAUUUGAAAAGUUUGCUCUUUGUUGAUAAUCCAAAACUUAUUUUCAUUCUCUGCUAAUGUAACUUUCUUUACAAAAAGUUAUAACAUUUAAGAAGAAGAAAAAAAAUGUGCCUGUGUUCUACUCUAUUUAGAAUUUUACAAAAUCUCAAUUUUUUAUUUAGAAAUAUUUUUAUUAACAUGAAAUAUUAACAAACUAUAUAUAUUUGAGUAUUUAAAGCUGAAUAUAUACUCUACUUCAUUAAUUAGCAGAAAUGAGUUUCAACAAUCCUUUUUUAUCAACUUAAUUUCCAAUUUUUUUCUGUUGAUCUUCCAUAUAAUUCUUUUAACCAUUUUUACAACGAGUAAUAGAACUAGGGAACAUAUGAGCUUAUUGUGCUUUUUUUUUAAAAAAAAAGGAAAAAAUUGCACAUGAAUAACGCACACUGACACUUAGAGGACAAUUGCAAAGGUACCUUCAAUGAGGUCUGCAGGCGAUUGAACAUAAACUUAUAGAGAAUUAUACACAAUUAUAAUAAAAUAAUGUAUGCCGUGACAUUAAAACAAUAUUUUGAACUCAAUAUGAUAAUGAUUGACAUGGAUCAGGAUAACAUGCUGUAAGAAAAAGAAAAUAACCAUUAGCAAGUGAUAUAGGAGUGACUGGUAUAUUUAUACCCUAUUCUAAUUUGCAUUUAGUUGAUGCCAACAUUGAUCUUAUAAUGAACUAUAAAAAUUUACCUUAUAAUUAAAAAAAUGCAAAUUACCGUUUUAUGCGAAUGCAAAUGACAACUCUGCUACCUAGUGCUAGACUGCAGGACUACUAAAAUUGAAAAAAAGAAAUAAACCCCAAAGUGAAGAAAAUAUUAUUUACGGAGUAACAUAAUUAAAUCAGCAAGUAUCUUCUGUCGAUCUAAGGGCUACUACAAAAUUGUAUAAGCUCUAUAGAACUAUAAAUCUUUUAUUUUAAAAAGAAACACCUUAUUAUUGAUUAGGUAUGUCUCAAUUCCUUCUUGUUAUUGACUGUUUGAUUAUGUGUUAAAACAUUUAAUUCUUUUAAAUUCCAACAGUAAUGAGUUUUAUGUUAAUUAUUUAGGAACUAUCAAUUUAUCAUUCUAAAUCAUUUUUAAAAAGUAUGGCUCAUCCAGACAAAAUGUUGAAGUAUUUUAAAACAUAAUUGUUGAUGAAAAGUUUGAAAAAAGUACUUAUUAAAGUAAUUGCUUAAAAAAAGUUUAAACUUAUUAAAUUUAUUUUGGUAAUUUAAUUAUUAUUGAUUUUUACUGCUUUAAAAUGAUGUUCAAUUAGAAAGUAGUUACACUAAUCUUGUAAACUGUUUGGAAAUAUUAAUAGCCAUGUUAAUACUUGAGAAAUAUUUUGAACUGAAACGUCAUGUAAUUGUAACCAAUAUUACAUUUAUUUUAUCUGUAUCAAUUAUGACUCAUGACUUUUUUUGUUGAUUAGUUCUAUAUUCGAGUUGUUCAAAUGCGUGGACAUAAUAGUAAAAUAUUUAUAUUAUAGUUGAAGGCUAUUUCAACUGUGCCCAUAUCAGUGAUUUAUAAAAAAAUUGCUUUGUCGAUAAAUGGUUUUUUUUGGAACCAACACAAAUGUGAAUUGAAAAUGUGUUUUGAGAGCAUAGAAGUAAUUCCUUUCCUAAAAUAAAUGUAAGUGGAUUGACAUUCCAUACAGGUGAAGCAAAAAUGAAUAACUGUUUGUGUGGCUUAAAUAUUGGAGCUAAAAUUUUAGUUAAGAUGAGUCAUAAGAAUUGUAGCCAUUGUAUGCAAAUCCAUUAUGAAACAAUCUGAUUUAUCUUUUUAUUUUUCAAAAUGAAAGUACUUGAUUAAAUACCGCCUAUUUUUAAGACAUAAAACCAUUACAGUUUUAGUUUUUAGUAAAUUUUUUUUAUCCCCCACUGAUUUUUAAAAAAAUAUAAGUGGGAUAUCUUUUAUACCACUGCCCCUAAAAGAGUAGGCUGAUAAAAAUAAAUAUAAUUAUUAUUAACCAAUCCAGAUCUGAGUACUAUAGUUUGUCCAUAGAAAGAACACCCCUCGCCACGAAAUUUAAAGCCAUUUGAAGCUAUAGAAACAAGAAAGAGCACAUUUCAAAGAGGGGAGCUUCUUUCUCCCCCGAUUCCCUCUCUCUUGCAGACCCAAGCCAAAACCCGUCUUUAAUUAAGUCAUAACACUCCUACUUGAAAUAGUUAAACCCCGUAACCAUAGUCACCAUCACUACUCUAGACGAAUGGCUAGGGGAGUUCUUUACAUAGACAAGCUAUACUUUUGAAGGGUUAAUAAUAAACAUUUCUUUUCAAUGUCACUAUGUUCAGUUGUCAAUUAUUUUCUUUCUAAAAUAUUUUAAAAUUGUUUAUUGUAUGAUUAUUAAGUGUCUCUUGUUUUUUAAGUAGUAGUAAGUUUAUGUAAAUUUUUAUUAAAUAGUUUUCUAAGUUAAAAUCACAUUGAUUAAAAAUUCCUCUUAUGUAGAAGUUAAAAAACAAUUCCACAAGUUCAUUCCACUUUUUAAAAGUAGGACAGACUUAUGGAUAAAAAUUAUUAAUCUGUUUUAUUCAAAUCAUAUUUUUGUUACUCUUCGGGAGUAUUUUUUCGAUUCACUUGUACAUAUUCAUCAUUUAUACUGUAAAUAAAUUAUUUUUAAUAAAAUUUUUUAUUUCAGUGUUA